AUGCAUGGGAAGACAGCGUCUCUGAAGAGCUCUGCGCCCUGCACAGAGAAACCAGAAAAGGUCCAGGAGCCUCCAGGGGACAGCCUACACUGGUCAGAAGGCUCGAAGGGUGAAGAGAUAAAGAAGUAUGGCCGGGAAGGGACACCACUGAGCAAAUACAACCAGCAGUACCACAAGCUGUUUAAUGACAUCCCCUUGGAGGAGAUGGUUCUCAAAGUGUGUUCCUGUGCCCUCCAGAGAGACCUCCUUCUCCAUGGCCGGCUCUAUAUCUCUCCUAACUGGCUGUGCUUCCAUGCCAGCCUCUUUGGCAAGGACAUCAAGGUGGUCAUUCCUGUGGUAUCUGUGCAAUUGAUCAAAAAACACAAGAUGGCGCGACUCCUUCCCAAUGGACUGGCCAUCACCACCAACACCAGCCAGAAGUACAUCUUUGUGUCUCUGCUCUCCCGGGACAGCGUAUAUGAUGUGCUGAGGAGGGUCUGCACCCACCUACAGCCUUCCAGCAAGAAGAGUCUGAGUGUGAGGAAAUGCCCCGAGGAAGCUGAGUGCGAGUCUCCGGUGAGAGCUGAGGCUGGGAGCCAGGGCCUGCGAGGGAUCCUUAUUCCUGAGAUGAAGUGGAGAAAAGUUUGCCCAGCCUCCUCUUCCCUGUCACUCCCAGACAACAUCUCUUGUGUCUCUCGGAUACCUACAGACUCCACAGAUAGCUGCUUCCCCUCCAGAAAGCCUCCAGGGUCUGAGGCCGUCUGUGAGGAAGAUGUGUUGGAGGAAGAGCCCACCAUGGACCAGGAAUUGAGGCUGUGGGAUUCUCGGCUUCUCAAAGUCAUCUUUGUGAUGAUCUGCUUCUUAGUGGUGUCCUCGUCCUAUCUGGCGUUCCGCAUCUCCCGGCUGGAACAGCAGUUAUGUUCCUUGAACUGGGGCGGGCCACUCCCAGGGCACAGGUGA